AUGGCGCGAACGAAAAGCAAGAAGGAUAAUCGCCAGAAUGGAGUGAAGUCAAAGAUCGCUGCACCAGCCAAGAAGUCGGCACCAGUGCAGGACGAUUCGGCCAGCGACAUGUCAGACAUCGAGCAAUACGACGCCCCAGCUGGACAGGACGAUAUGGAUAUGAGCGAGGACGACAAGGAUGCCGCUGAGGAAGAGUUGGAGAGAGCCGUGUUCGGCGACAGCAUGGGAUUCAGAGCUGGACUGGCUGGGUUCGAGACUGGACUGGACGACGAAGAUUCAGCCGAUGAAGGCGCUGCUGCUUCUGGAGACGAACAGACAUACGAUGGUCUUGCAGAUGCAGACUUGUUCUUCACUGAUGUCGGCGCGUCAACCGAGCUACAGCCUGCUCCGGCUACUGAAGAGGAGGAAGAGGAGGACGGUGCAGCGUGGCAAGACAGCGACGACGAGAGAAUGGUUGUGUCGUUGGCCUCGGUACCGAGACUGCGCAAGCUGAGGAGGACAGAAGCUGAGGAUGUCAUUUCCGGCAAAGAAUACGUCCGUCGUCUGCGCAAACAGUACGUCAAUCCUGCUCAAUCACGCCCCAACGACAUAGCUAACAUGUUACAGUNNUACGAGAUGCUUAACCCCGUACCAGAUUGGGCCGUCGAAGCCGCCCAGAAAGGACCUAGAAAGAAGCGUAGACUCAGCUACGAUGAUCUCGACGCCGAGUCGGACGAGGACAUGGAUAUAGACGGUGAAGAGGGAGAUGACGACGUCUCAGCCGAACCGCUCAGCAAGCUGCUACAAGGAGGAGGCCUCGUACGACGAACAGAGAACAAGAAGCGCAAGUUGCGACCCGAAGUCAUCGAUAUUCAACGCACAAAGGACAUUGGCACCACGCAACCCUCGGCCAUCACCUCCCUGCAAUACCACCCCGAGCUUCCUCUGCUUCUCUCCUCCGGACCCUCCUCGACUCUCUACCUUCACCACAUUGUCGCUUCUCCUCCCGCGCCCGAAGCCAAUCCUCUCCUCACCUCCCUGCACAUCCGCAAGACUCCUCUCACAACAACCGCCUUCCAUCCCAACGACCCUCGCAUCUUCCUUUCCGCCCGUCGCCGCUACUUCCACGUCUGGAACCUCGAAACUGGUAAAGUGGAGAAGAUUGCUCGUGUCUACGGUCACCAGCACGAGCAGCGCAGUAUGGAGCGCUUCAAGCUCUCUCCUGAUGGUCGCAGCAUGGCCCUCAUUGGUAGUGCUCGCAAGGGUGGCGGUGUGAUCAACAUCCUCGACGCAUACACAUUGCAAUGGGCCAGCCAGGUGCGCGUAGAAAGCAACAACGGUAUCGCAGACUUUGCCUGGUGGCGCGACAGCCGUGGUAUGAGCAUUGCAGGCAAGAACGGUGAAGUCACCGAGUGGAACAUGGACGAGCAGCGCGCGGUAGCCCGCUGGCAAGACGAAGGCGCCGUCGGCACUACUACCAUUACUCUCGGUGGUGACAACGGAAACGCUGGCUCGCCUAUUGGCAAAGACCGCUGGGUUGCUGUUGGCAGCUCGAGUGGUGUUGUGAACAUCUACGAUCGCCGUGCCUGGCUUGUUGCCUCUUCAUCGUCUACAGAUCCGCUUGCCUCACCCAUUCCCUCUGCACCUAAACCCACCCGCGCUCUCGACAAUCUCACCACACCAAUCUCGCAUCUUACAUUCUCUCCUGACGGACAAAUGCUCGUCAUGGCUUCGAGGUGGAAGAAGGAUGCUCUGAGAAUUGUGCAUCUGCCUACAUGCACAGUCUUCAAGAAUUGGCCCACUAGCAACACGCCUUUGGGCAGAAUCACAGGUGUUGCGUUUGCUCCGGGUAGUGAUGGUCUGGCUGUUGCUAAUGAGCAGGGUAAGAUUAGGUGUUGGGAGGUCAGAGCUUAG